AUCCCGAAGUUUCUCCAUAGUCUCGGACAUCGGAGGUGCCGAACCGCCACUAAAAUCCACCGCGAACGACUCGCCAAGUCUGGAGAAAUGUUGAAGCAAUCGUACGUGUGCCGCUGAAGUCAUUAUUUAACCAAGGACGGAGUGCUAAGGAGAUUUACGUUCAAAAUGUUUACUGGAUUGGUUGAGACCAUUGGUGUCGUCACGGCCCUUGAGCCCCAGGAUGACACUGCCAGCGGCGGCGGCGGGACCUCCCUCACUAUUUCAGACUGCGCAGAGAUACUCACAGAUGCCCAACUAGGGGAUAGUAUAUGUGUCAAUGGAGCAUGUCUAACGAUAACCACCUUCGACAGUUCUUCCUUCAAAGUUGGCGUCGCACCAGAGACACUUCGCCGCACAAAUCUUGGCUCUCUAACAUCAGGGUCGCGGGUAAACCUUGAGCGGUCGGUGACUGCUUCGACACGUAUGGGCGGCCACUUUGUGCAGGGCCACGUCGACACCACAGCGACUAUCCUCUCUGUGACCCCGGAUGGAAACUCCCUUGUGUUCAGACUUUCACCCAAGGAAAAUGGAGUGCUUCGCUACAUCGUGGAGAAAGGCUUCAUCGCCCUAGACGGCGCGAGUCUAACCAUUACGAAAGUAGCUGACGGAGAAAAUGGAUGGUUUGAAAUCAUGCUCAUUGCAUACACUCAAGAAAAGAUUGUCACUGCGAAGAAGAAGCCGGGGGAUCUGGUGAAUGUUGAAAUUGAUAUGGUUGGAAAGUAUGUGGAGAAGAGCGUCGAAGCAUAUUUCCAAGGCCAAACUGGCGGGGAUGCAGGGGCGCUGGAGAAAUUGGUUGGGAGACUCGUUAAAGAAAAACUUCGAGGCAAUGCAGCCGCCUAAUUGGAGAAAACGAUCGUUGUACGGAGUACUCGGGACUGUUCCCAUCCGCCCCUGAACGACCGAAUGAUCGGUAUGUCUUUGAUAACCUGGAAACACCGAUUAUUUAGCACGCAAGAGCUGAAAUCUGGUUCUUCACGGGUCAUAGUUCUUAUCUGAUUAUUGAUUAUUUACUUGGACUUGAACAAGGGAAUCGUCGAAGUUGUUAUGACGAGUGUUGAAUAAUAUCUAACAAUAACUACAAAGUUCCUCGCCCUUUCAGUCGCCAUCCGGGAUGUCAAAAAGCUGCCCGUACUUCCGGAAUCCCAUAGCAUACCCACAGCGCCUCUUUUGCCUCUUCCGGGUGAAAUCAUUUUCCGCAUCCUCGUGCGCAAAAUCAAUCAUAAAAGGCCUAGAGCUGGGUGACAAGUAGUCCCGGAUACUCAGUUGCUGCUGAUCUUCCGCGUCCUCGUGCGCAAAAUCGGUCAUACAAGAGUUAGAGUCGGGUGACAAGUAGUCCCAGAUAGUCGAUUGCUGCUGAUCUUCCGCUUCUGGGUCAAAUAUUUUCUGCCGAGAUGGCAUCCAUUGGUCAUGGAGCCAAAAAAGCCCAUGACCUCGAGAGCAUGGAGUAGUGAUUUCUUUCUCAAUGCCAUAUAAAUAGCCUUCAGAUCUCUUCACACAACGGAGACAAAACUCCUCCUUCAUGGCACAAGUAAUCAUGCUUUUUGCCCGACCUAAUUUCAAACCAGUAGAUUCGCUUAUCACAGCGAACUGCUCACCCUGAAUAAUGACGUGUUUCUCGUCCAUAUAUUCAAGAUUUGACUGGUUUAUAUGGGGCCUAAUCUUACUGAGGGACGCAUCAAUUUCUGCGAGAGAAAGCCUGGUCAGACUACUGAUUGGCCAAAGUUGGAAUCUUUCCAACAAAACAUUUAUCUGGACACCCAGCAGCGAGCCUUCGGUACAGAUGGCAGUAAUUUCGUCA